AAAGAAAUAGGAGGGAGCAGGUGCCUAAAGUCUUCACAGCUACAUUAUGGACAACAACAGGGCAAUGAGACCUGAAAUAAAAUGGAGCCGUGAUAACAACUCCACCGUCCUUUUUUCAUCAUCAGCUAACCAGGGCGGAUACCCCCCAGCCCCCCCAUACUCAGCACAGCCACAGGGUUAUGGAUAUUCACAACAGAUGGGUGGUUCAAGAUUUGGCCAGCAGCAAAACCAACAGCCUUACCCUCUGGGCCGGGGGCAACAAUGCCAGCCAGCCAUUGUAACCAUUCAGCCUGCAACAUAUUCUCAAUUAUACCCUGUUAGUGAUUACAUGGGUUACUCCAUCUUCACCAUGCUCUGCUGCUGCCUGCCCCUGGGAAUAGCCGCUCUUGUCAACUCUAUAGCUACUCAUAAUGCCAAUUCCAGAGGUGACAGGAUGGCAGCAGAACAAUCCAGCAAAUAUGCCCAGAUACUGAACCAUGUUGGUCUUGGAAUUGGGAUUGUAUUUUAUGUCACAGCCAUUAUAAUUGUUGUUGUUCUAUACACAAUCAUUCUGCAAAGUUAAUAUCCAUAGAAUCAACAUGUGGCCAUGUGUUGUCAUAAUCUGUGUAGAAGCUUAAAAUGAUCAAAAUUCAAGAACAGCAACGACAGUUUCUUUCUCUUAUUGCUAUCUUUUGUCUUUCCACAGUUUCCAUUGCCAAUUUUGAUCACCUCAUCUUUUCAUUUUUAUUAGAAGUAUCUCAAAUUAUAUUGUAAUAACCAUUAUGCUUUCAGCCAUGAAAGUGACUCACCCUUUGUGAGCUCAACUGAGCAUGUAACAAACCGAAAAUGUUAAUGAUGUUUUGUUCUUCUAAAUCAACUCUUUACAAUAAUGAUAAUGACCUGCUUAGUUUAUUGUAAAUCCUUACCAAAAUAU